CGUGGAGACUAACAUGGGCUCAAUCCUAAGACCCUGAGAUCAUGACCUUGAGAUCACGACCUGGGCCAAACCAAGAGUCUGAUGCUUAAGCAACUGCACCACCCAGGUCCCAGCCCUCUGUUUUCUUAACUGCAAAGACGAAAAGGACCUCAUCCAGCUGCAGCGUUCUUUGAUUUAGUGCUAAAUGAAUUGGCUGCUUCUGUUGCAAAUGGACAACUCAGCCUUUGAGAUGCAUGAAGAUGCAGCUCAUAAUACUUUUUCUACGAGGAAGAUGGACACUGUCUCCAGAAUGGAGAAGAAGAGGCAGUGGUCACUGAUGAGCGUUUUCCUGGUGUGUCUCUUGGCCUGUACCGUCACCACGGCAGUAGGAGUACUGAUACUUUCCUUGGUUUAUGUUCACAACUCUCAGCCACAUUCACAAGUCCACCUAGGACUGGAAGCCCGGCCUCUGCAAACAACAGUUCCCAUAGUGCAAAAGGCUGUUGAUCCAAAAUACCAGUUUCUUAAUCAUUUGCCUAAAUCCAAGGUGUUUGAAUUCCCUGGCGGUGCAAUCCAGUGGGCCCGGUAUAGGAACAAUGUCAAAGACUACCUCAGCAUUGAAGAAGAGGCCUUUGGUAGCAGCUUGAACAGUCAGAGAUCACAGAUGACUCUGGGGACCCUGAAAAUAAAAAGCAACGGUCUCCGGGCCCCUCACUGGCACUUCAAUGCUAAUGAACAUGGCUACCUUGUACAGGGGACAGCAUGGAUUGGGGUGGUUGAUGAUGGUGGUGUAGUUACUACAUACAAUGUUACAGCUGGCCAAGUGAUCUUCUUCCCUAAAAAUACUCUACACUGGAUCAAGAAUGUGGGGAACGAAGACUGCUUUUUAUUACUCUUCUUUUCCACACAUGAUGAACUUCAGACACUGGAUAUUGAUGAUGUAUUUUUUUCUGUACCUGAAGAUAUUGCUUCCAGGUCACUUAAGCCUGAAGGUGGAAUUAAUUUCAUUAGAACGUUCCAGAAGCAGAAAGAGGACCAGGGUGUCAAUCUUCCCCCCAACUUGGCAGAACUGGUUAUAAAUCCUAGUUAUGUUCAGUCUCCAGAGAGUCUUGUGUGGAGAUAUUUUUAUGACCUUAAAGGUUCAAAAGAAUAUCAAUUUCCAGGAGGAGUAAUACAACUGGCACAAUACUGGAAAAAUGGAAGCGAACUAAACAAUCGUGAAAAAAUUUUUGGUGAAUUCCUGAAUCAGCAUCAGAAUGCUCUCACUUUGUGUACACUCAGAAUUUAUAACAACGGAUUACGACAGCCGCAUUUUCAUUUGAAUGCAAAUGAAAUGGGAUAUGUAAUAAGUGGAUGUGCAAAGGUGGGAAUUAUUAAUACACAGGGUAUCGUGGAGUUUGAUGUUCACAUUGGAGAUGUGGUAUUUUUCCCCAUGGGAACCCAACAUUACAUUAAGAGCACAUGCGAUGAGGAUUUGCUUUUCCUUCUUGCCUUCAGCACCGGAGACCAGUUGCAAACUCUUGACAUGGACGAUUAUCUCCAGGCCACAGCAGACCACAUCCUGGCCCAACUUUUCUUCAAGAAGCAAAGUGAAUUCAAGAAGAUCCCCAAAUUCAAGGAGGACCAGGCAGUCAACCUGCCGUAGAUUUGCCAAUGAGUUCAUACUUAUUCUUCCUUCCUCAUUUGUUCUUAUUAUUUUUAAAGAAGGACCACUUUGCUAAUGAACCUGAAGCUCUUUACAGAGCAGAAGUGGGAAAGCAGGUGCAAAACAGCCCUGUGAGCUCAUUUAGCUGACAGUGAUGCUAGGCAGUGUAUGCUAAGGGAGCAUUUCAGUCUCCUCUGUAUAGAUUAAUAGAUCUAUGGAGGAGACCCAAUAUAUUAAAUUCAUAUAUUUUUGUAUGGGUUUUAGUGUAUGUGUAUAUAUUUAUUUGUUUUCCUCUUGUUACUUUAAAUGUUAUUACUCUAAGUGAAAAGUCAUUUUUUUAUCCCUAUCAGCAAAUCUUACUACCAUGCAUGUAUUUUUGUCAUUCAUCACCGUGAAAGGAAUUCAGCCUGUGUAUGAGGUGCUGGAAUUGGGUACCUCAAACCUCGUCUGGAGAGUUCAGUAUAGAACCCGAGGCUGGUGAUUCCUAACCCUUUUGUUGUAUGAAGUAACUUUUUACGAUGGCAAACUUUUCGAGGACUCACUCAUUUGACCGGUUGUAUAUUUUCUGUAUAUUAGCUGAGAAAAUAAAAUAUCCAGUGAUGAACUAAUUAUAAAUUCAAUACUUUCUUUGAAUAUAUUGGAUUUCAUCAAUCACAUCAGCAACUAUUUACAUUUGAGGAGUAGUCAGCCCUAUAUUUGGGAAGUAUAUGUUUUAUUUAGUCCUUUGGCAAUGCUGGCUAUGUAUGUGGAUUCAAGAACCUCUUGCCCACAUUGGAAGCUGGUAGGGACUGGUGUUCUCCAAGUUGAGGGUCAUUGUCUUAAGUAGAAAAGAACUUGUUCAGAUUUAAUCUGUGCUGUGUUUUGUUUACAAUUUAUUUUAACAGGUGUUUGUUUUUAUUUUUGUUUUUAAUAUUUUAUUUAUUUAUUUGAUAGAGAUUACAAGUAGUCAGAGAGACGGGCAGGGAGAGAGGAGGAAGC